ACGGACUCAUGUCCAGCUGGCGUUUGGAUGAUGCCCAAGGACAGGUCAACCUUGAUUAUCUGCUACCGCAAAUAGGCACUCUGUAAACUAACCCAGAAUACCAACGUCAUGUAAAAUAUUAACGUUAUAAAUAAGGAAAUUGACUGGUGUAUAGAAACUGGAGGGAACAUAGGUCAAUUAGACCAAUUUAAACCUAGACCGCUGAGGCGCGAGGAAACAGAUACAAUAUGUUACAUUAUCUCAGCAAACUGCGGAAGCGCGACGCGCCAACGCCACGCAAUAUACGCCGUACAACGUCCUUAAAGAAAAUAAAUCAAUCGUUUCUACGUAUACGAGAGAUGAAUGAUGAAGAUGACAAGUAUAUCAGGAAACUACUAUUCGAUCACUUCAGAUCACAAACUUUUCCAGCAAUUAUCUACUGGGUGGUGCAGCAUGUGCAUGAUCUGAUUGCUAUCAUGCUUAUUAUAUCGUUCUUAAUGCCACUAAGGAGCCUACUAUACUUCUGCAUAUGCUUCCUUAUAUACCUAUAUGUCAGAGCAAGGUUCGAAAUCGAAAAACAUAUCAAGCACUCCUGCCCUGAUUUGGAUGCUGUAUAUGACACUUAUCGGACCUCCAGCGGUUCCAACUUCUGGGUGGGAUACUUCUCCAAGAAUGGCGAACCCGAAAACGGCACAGAACAAAAAUCGGAAAGCACAUCAACACCACGGUCAAUAUCAACCCAUGCGUCUAACGAAGUGAAUAACUCAGAAAGGGAAUCAAUAGCAAGCCCAAGGACAGAUCCCGGCACAGAGUCUUCACAUUCAUUAAUGGAAGGCGAAGGAAGUGCAAGGUCCAACAUAUCUACUGAAGGACAGAAUUCAGCAAGCCUUAAAAAAAUGUCAACACAAGUAGAAGCUACAAUGAAACUGAAGGAUGUAUUGACGCCAACCAACUGUGAAGAAAAUGAAAUUCUAGGGUGUAUCGGUAUUAUGCCAUACAGGAACCAGCCUAACGUCGCACAGAUGGUACGACUAGUAGUGAGCAAAAAGUGUAGGAACAUGAAAGUAGGAAGCCAAAUGCUGAACCAUUUGGAAAACUUUGCCAUGGGAUUCGGAUACUCAGAAAUCAGAGUAUACACCAAUAAUCUAAAUACAGCAUACCUGCAAUUCCUUAAGCAAAAUGGCUUCGUUAUACGCCAAAUAGUAAGACGAGGACUUAUGCGCGGAGACCUUAUCAUCUGGAACAAGACGUUAUCGCAACCUAACGAUGUCGUAACCGAAAUACCGUCACGUGCAAAUGUAGAUGCGACCUUUAUACCAGAAUGAUACACAUCGCAAUCCAUUUUACAGUGACCCUCACCUAACUCACACAGAUGGACACACUAGAGCCAGGCAGGCAAACGCCCUGGCGCGACACAU